CUAUAACCCAGACGAGGCACUGGCAGCGGCGCCUGCCGCGAGCAUCGUCCAGCACAGCCCUAGUGUAGAUGGAGCCCGAGCCCGUCGCCAUAUCAGGAGCUGUAGCCGCCCGUCACGGCGGAUUUAGUCACCGUAAUCGGCCCGCCAAGCACUACUUUACUAACGUGCCUCAUCCAUGGAGGCUAUUACUACUUAGGUAUUUCGGUAAGUACUACCUAGUUAGGUAAAGGACUUUGGUACUCCAAACCUGGAACGUUCAACUAUUAGCUGGGCCCCGAGAAAGACAGGCAGGCCGCCCCCGACGGCCCCCACGGCGAGGGGUAACCCGGCGAGCGAAUUUGGCAAGGCAGAGCCUUCUUACUCGUCUUUGCGGCCGCUCGGCCGGGGAGCCGGAGACAGCGCGCCUUGGGCCGGGGGGGUGACUCGGGCGGCGUUCCGGGGCGCUGGUCAUUGAAGUCUCGCGCGCCCGCGCCAGCACUAGACCGGCUUUUGACGGCCCGCGGGCCCCUCCGAAAGCUCAAGUCAGCCAUCUCCCCCAACUUCAACCCUGGAAUUCUUCAGCCCGCUACUCUCAUCAGGUCUUAAAGCAACCCAACUCUACACAGUCGCGUACGGCUCGGGGAUCCCUAAACCUACCCACGCUCUAUUAGCCCAUCAUCACCACUUUAAGCAUCUCACCCCUUCGCCGCUACAUUAGGCGAACUGGGAUUUAGAAGUAUCGGGCGCUCCACGAUGAAGGCCGCCGGGCUCGCUGCGCCCGUACGCCGGGCCGAGCUCAGCGCCGCGUCAAUCCGCUGUCGGCUGCUCUCCAGCCAGCUCAUUGCUCCGACGACUGCCUCUCACGGCUCUCACCCGGCAUGUCAACGGCGCACAGUGGCUUCUACACCGCAGAACUCGACCGCCCUGAGGGACCUUCUCCGGGUCUCGGACGAGGUUGCUGAUGCCAUCCGGCUAAACAAGCCCGUUGUCGCCCUCGAGUCCACCAUCUAUACCCAUGGCGCCCUGGGAAAGGACCUGGCUCGUGAGCACGACGACCUUGUUCGCAGCCACGGUGGCAUCCCUGCUAUCAUUGCCAUUGUUGAUGGCGUUCCCACAGUCGGCGCCAAGACUCAGGACAUUGUCCGCAUGAUCGAGGACAAGGGCACGACCAAGGCCUCCAGGAGAGACAUCUCCUACCUCGUUGGCAUGGGCCUUGCUGGCCGCAAGAUCCACGGCGGCACCACCAUAGCCGGCACCAUGCUUCUCGCCAGACUGGCCGGCAUCCGCGUCUUCGGCACUGGUGGUCUCGGCGGCGUCCACCGCGGCGGCGAAAGCUCCAUGGAUAUUUCUGCCGACCUCACUGAGCUGGGCCGCACCCGAGUCGCCGUCAUCAGCAGCGGCUGCAAGGGCUUCCUCGACAUCCCUCGUACGCUCGAGUAUCUCGAGACGCAAGGCUGCCUCGUGUCGACGUUCGCCGACGGCCGUACCGGGAACAUUGACUUCCCCGCCUUUUGGGCGCGCGACAGCGGCACCAGGAGCCCGUCAGUCGUCUACACCGAAAAGGAGGCAGCUGCCAUGAUCCUCGCCCAGGAGCGCCUCGGCAUCGAGUCGGGCAUGCUCUUCGCCAACCCCAUUCCCGAAGAGUUCGGCGUGCCGUCAGCAGACAUGAGCGCCGCCAUCGAACUGGCCGUACGCGAAGCGGUGGAGAAGGGCUUCACGGGCAGCAAGAACACGCCAUACGUCCUGCAGCGGUUGAAGGAAAUUACGGGAGAAAAGGCCAUCAUUGCCAACAAGGCUCUGGUGACGUCCAACAUCAUCCGAGCGACCAACGUCUCCGUCGAGCUGUCGCGAAUGUUGGCGGCAGAUGCCGGGCCGGUGAUGAGCUCAGUAAAUAUACCCUUUGCACGGGACAAGGAGCCCGCCGGCAGCGAUAGGCCUGCGGUCACACCGCUUGCGGAGAUUCUUGUAGCGGGAGCCGUGGCUGUCGAUCUGAGCUGUGAUUUCAAGAGCACUAGGGCAGGCGAGACGGCGCCUCAACCGCACACGUCGAAUCCAGCCCAGAUCAGCCAGUCCAUUGGCGGCGUGGGACAUAAUGUGGCCCUUGCAGCCCACCUGGCAAGUAAGCAGGCCCGGGUACAAUUCUGCAGCAUGGUCGGCGAUGAUGUGGCCGGGUCCACGGUGCUCUCAUCCCUCGAGGCUGCUGGCCUCGGCGGUGUCUUUGUCCGCAAGCUAGACCGCCAGUCGCAUCCCGGAAGUCGUACCGCUCAGUACGUCGCAGUGAACGACGGGAGCAAGAACCUGGUUAUGGCCAUGGCCGACAUGGGCAUCUUCAGGCAACACGUAUCUGACGAGCUCCGCGAGUCCGCCGUAUCGUUGACGUCUCCCAAGUGGACUGUUGUUGACGGCAACUGGGCUGCAAAGAACAUCAAGGCUUGGAUCAAGACCGCAACGGACCACAACUCCAAAGUUGCGUUCGAGCCCGUCUCGGUCGAAAAGUCACAGGGUCUGUUUGGCCCCCAGCGAGGAGUGCCCAAGCUGGGUGUCUUUCCCAGUGCCAGCGUGGACCUCGCAUCACCAAACACGUACGAACUGGCGGCCAUGUACACGGCUGCAAAGGAGAACGGCUACCUCGAGUUGGGGGACUGGUUCGACAUCAUCGACGCCUUCGGCAUGACCGGCGCCCGGGAGCGAUUCGUCCGCCUCACGUCCCCUGCACUUACUGACGCUGGCGUCCCCGUGCAGUCCGUCAACCUGCUUCCCUACAUACCGACGCUCAUUACCAAACUUGGCGCCAAUGGAGUCUUGCUUACGAUGCUCCUGGGCCGCGACGACCCGCUCCUAAGGGAUCGGGAUGCCGAGGAGUUCAUUUUGACGCGCGCUGCGCCGAAGCACGAAUCCGUGGGCGGCAUCUACAUGAGACUGUUCCCGGCGGCGGAGACGGUGCGGGACAUUGUCUCGGUCAAUGGCGUGGGAGACACUUUCCUCGGCGUCUUGAUCUCUGGGCUGGCCCAGGGAGGGCGUGUCGAGCAUCUGAUAGACGUGGCGCAGAGGGGUGCCGUACUGACGCUGAGGAGCGCCGAGUCAGUAAGCCCUCAGCUGGGGCAGUUGGGAGGAGAUUUGGCCAGAGCGGCAGCUCGAAGAUAGCAAUACGCCAGGAUGGCAAUAUAAUAAUGAUAAUGAUGG